CCCAGAGGACAGUCGGAAAGGCAGGCAGGCAGAGAGUGCCCCUGGGAGGAGACGGUGGGGAGGGUGAAGGGCGGGGGCAGCUCAGCCAGGAGCCUCCAAGGUGGGCAUCCUGGGCAGGGCAAGGGACUCAGGCGUGGAGGGGGAGGAUGCGCCUCUCCAAGACCCUUGUCGACAUGGAUAUGGCCGACUACAGCGCCGCGCUGGACCCCGCCUACACCACCCUGGAGUUCGAGAACGUGCAGGUGUUGACGAUGGGCAAUGACACAUCUCCCUCAGAAGGUGCCAACCUCAAUGCGGCCAACAGCCUGGGUGUCAGCGCCUUGUGUGCCAUCUGCGGGGACCGGGCCACAGGCAAGCACUACGGCGCCUCGAGCUGCGAUGGCUGCAAGGGCUUCUUCCGAAGGAGCGUGAGAAAGAACCACAUGUACUCCUGCAGAUUCAGUCGGCAGUGCGUGGUGGACAAGGACAAGAGGAACCAGUGCCGCUACUGCAGGCUCAAGAAGUGCUUCCGGGCUGGCAUGAAGAAGGAAGCUGUGCAGAACGAGCGGGACCGGAUCAGCACUCGCAGGUCAAGCUAUGAGGACAGCAGUCUGCCCUCCAUCAAUGCGCUUCUGCAGGCCGAGGUCCUGUCCCAGCAGAUCACCUCCCCUGUCUCCGGGAUCAAUGGCGACAUCCGGGCAAAGAAGAUCGCCAGCAUCGCAGACGUGUGCGAGUCCAUGAAGGAGCAGCUGCUGGUGCUCGUGGAGUGGGCCAAGUACAUCCCAGCAUUCUGCGAACUCCCCCUGGACGACCAGGUGGCGCUGCUCAGAGCCCACGCCGGCGAGCACCUGCUGCUCGGAGCCACCAAGCGAUCCAUGGUGUUCAAGGACGUUCUGCUGCUCGGGAACGACUACAUCAUCCCGCGGCACUGCCCGGAGCUGGCGGAGAUGAGCCGCGUGUCCAUGCGCAUCCUCGACGAGCUGGUGCUGCCUUUCCAGGAGCUGCAGAUCGACGACAACGAGUACGCCUGCCUGAAAGCCAUCAUCUUCUUCGACCCAGAUGCCAAGGGGUUGAGUGACCCGGGUAAGAUCAAGCGGCUGCGGUCCCAGGUGCAGGUGAGCCUGGAGGACUACAUCAAUGACCGCCAGUACGACUCGCGAGGCCGCUUCGGUGAGCUGCUGCUGCUGCUGCCCACCCUGCAGAGCAUCACCUGGCAGAUGAUCGAGCAGAUCCAGUUUAUCAAGCUCUUCGGCAUGGCCAAGAUCGACAACCUGCUGCAGGAGAUGCUGCUGGGAGGUCCGUGCCAGGCCCAGGAGGGACUGAGAGGAUCCUCCAGUGAUGCCACUCAUGCCCAUCACCCCCUGCACCCUCACCUGAUGCAGGAGCACAUGGGCACCAACGUCAUCGUCGCCAACACGAUGCCUGCGCACCUCAGCAACGGGCAGAUGUGUGAGUGGCCCCGGCCCAGGGGGCAGGCAGCCACCCCUGAGACGCCACAGCCCUCACCACCAGGUGGCUCGGGGUCUGAGCCCUACAAGCUCCUGCCGGGAGCGGUCGCCACCAUUGUCAAGCCCCCUUCCGCUAUCCCCCAGCUGACCAUCACCAAGCAAGAAGUCAUCUAGCAAGCCGCCGGGGGGCCGGGGGUCGGGGGCUCAGCCGGCCCCCCCAGCCCCCUCCGAGAGCCCCUGGUGGUCCCUCGGUCACAGUGAGGGAAGCUGAGACAACGGGGCCAGCCCAAGAGCAGUCACGAGAAGGGCAGAGGGCCCAAGAACUUGGGCUGUGGACCUCGUCACAUUGCCACCCUCCACCCCGGCUCUGGAUGAGGGGCUCUGACUGGGGGAGACCCCGGCUGGAAAACCCUCGGCUGCCUCGGACAGCUUUGCGGAAGCCACUGCCUUCCCCCGUCCGCCUCCGCCCCACCCACUGCACCCACAGAGGACUUGGCUCCAGCGCGGCUCCCUCCCCCUCAGGCCGGUCCUCCUCACCCAGCCCAGCUUGCUGUGUAGGGGCCACAGGCAGGGCGCCCCUUCGGUGGGGCCGGUGGGGUCGGCUUUCGACCCCUUACCGACUCCUCCCUGCUCUGCUGCCCCAGCCUCCAGUGCCCCUUCCAUGUGCUACUGCCACCUCAGCCUGUCAGGUUCUCCAGGGCCACCUCUCCAGAGGCCGAGGAAGACUUGGAGACAGUUCUCCCAGUCACCCUGGGAGCAUUCUCAGAGCCUGGUGGGCUGAGCACAGUGUAACAGAUCGUCGAGAAGGAAGACACUUUCUGCCUCUGACCCACCGUUCUUCCCUUCCUCAGGGACUUGGGUCCGACCCUUGGGGGGACCCCUUGGUUGGGAGUGAUCAUCCCUACAGGCUUUCAACGAUGAAAGAACAACUCGAGGUGGACGACUGCAGCAGGAGCUGCAGGGAAGGCCAGGCCGGUCGGAGAAAGCACCCACACAGGGGCAGACCACGCACUAGGCCCUUGAGGCAGGGUGGGGUUCCGGCUGGUGGAGCAGG